GGGAGCGAGUGGUUCGCCCCCUUCAUCUACUGGUUUCGCCAAGGGGACAACGUACACUUUAGUGCUCCUGUGGCCACAAACGACCCGAGAAGACCAGCGAAGGCAGAGACCAAGGGCCGAUUCCACCUCCUCGGGAACCGCAGGGACGACUGCUCCCUGAGCAUCAGAGACGCCAGGAUGAGCGACUCGGGAACCUACUUCUUCCGAGCGGAAAGAAAUCAUCCUCAGAAAUACACUUACCGAAAUACGCUGAACUUGCAGGUGACAGCCCUGACAGAGAAACCCAACAUCCACUUUCUGGAGCCUCUGCAGUCUGGCCGCCCCACGAGUCUGACCUGCAGCCUGCCAGUCGUCUGCGAUGGGGCAAGAUUUCUCUGGUUCUCCUGGGCGGGGGACACCCUUGAUGCAGUGGACCCAGAGACGCUCCACAGCUCGGUGCUCACCCUCACGCCGAGGCCCCAGGACCAUGGCACCAACCUGACCUGUCAGGUGAAACUCCAAGGAGGUCAGGGGACCACACUGGAGAGGACCGUCCAGCUCAAUGUCUCCUAUGCUCCACAGCUGAUGACCAUCAGACUACUCCAGGGGAACUCCACGGACCUGAAGAGCUUGAGCGAUGGCACCUCCCUCCCGGUCCUGGAGGGUCAGUUCCUGCGCCUUAUCUGUGUGGCUGACAGCAACCCUCCUGCUGUGCUGAGCUGGCUCCAAGAUGGAAAAGCCCUGAGUCCCUCCCAGCCCUCAGCACCCGGCGUCCUGGAGCUGCCCCAUGUGGGGGCUGCAGAUGGAGGAGAAUUUACCUGCCAAGCUCAGAACGUGCUGGGCUCCCGGCAUGUCUCCAUCAGCCUCUCUGCGUGGAAAAAUGCCCCCUCCUGCAGCUGUGUGUGUGAGGAGCAGCAGGGCUCCUGGCCCCUGGUCCUCACCCUGAUCCGAGGAGCCCUCAUGGGGGCUGGCUUCCUCCUCACCUACGGCCUCACCUGGAUAUACUACACCAGGUGUGGAGGCCACUAGGGAGCAGGGCUGAGAGGUGUGACUGAGCCUCCUUCCUUCUCAAGACGGGACUGAGGUGUGGACCCGGAGUCCGGAGGACAGACACGGGGACAUCGCCGUCAGCUUCUCCCUGGAAACUCUCCACUCCAACCCUGUCUCAUUUGUACCCACGAGAUUUUAAUUUGUGGAGGUGACUGCGUGACAACACAGAGCGUCAAUACCACUGAAAGGAGACUGUUAUUAGUGACAUUUUCCCAGAGUGGCUGUCACGUCACGCGGGGUAGGGCCAAGCAGGAAGCGCCAGGUUCAGGAAGCAGGAGCUCCUGCAGGGAAGGCUCAGCCAGAGCCUUUCUUGGGGUUUCCAUGGGAACGGCGAUGCUGGGCAGGGAAAUACUUUAGGAUCUGCUAGCUUGAAUAAUUCUGGUGGGCUUUGGGCUAUAGGGGUGGUGUUAAAUAGCCUGUUACCUGUUCAUGGAUGACUUUGGGUCGGGGAAGUAGUGGCUUUGUCGUGUGAGGGGUAGAUAAUGGGGGGGGGGUUGGGGAUUAUGGGGUAGAAACUGGUCGGUUUGCAUUUGAGAAAAUGAGCUCCCAGCAGAGUUUUUCUGUCUGGAAGACUUGGCUGACCCUGGGAGGCAGUGUCCUUCCCAGGCCAGCAAGUUUUUUAAGAUGUCAAAACAUCCUAAGAGACAGAAAAUAAAACAUGGUUAUCGCAUACACACCCCGACUGCCUGCUGCAUUGUUUCUGCAGUGCCAUGGCCAGCCUGCCGCUCUGCCUCUGCUCUUGGUCCUGUUACACCCUGCCUUCCCGCCCUGUUUCUCUCCCUCCAUCCCUAGCUCUGCAAAGGGAAUCUUGAGGCUUAUUUUCUCAUCACCCAGAAGUUACCUGUUUCACACUCAAGUUUCUGGUC